AUGAAUCAUUCAGAUGGUGCUUAAUCCCCUCCUUUAUUUGGUAUGUAUCCCCUUCCAUAUUGGGCAACAAAUUCGCAAUUUCUUUUAAUGAUGAAUUUUUAGAAUCCAUUGAUGAGUCCAAUUCAUAAUUUAGGUUCUCCAAUUUUAACUUCCAACUUAAAUUUUCCUCAACCACCUAUCAAUUUUGAUAUCAAAUGUGAUCAAUCUUAAAUUAUAAAGGAAACACCACAACCCAAACAACCCUAACAAUACUUUAGUCAAAUUUAAACUAUACAGUAAUAAAUCGAAGAAAUGAACUAUGAGGAUAUAACUCUUGAUAAUCUAGAGCAAAUGAUACAUUUGAUAUUUGCAGAUUCAUCCAAAGUCAAAAAAAUUAUGUAGAAGUUGAAAGAAAAAAAAUGUGUGAAAGUCAUCAAGAUUUUAGAGACUUUGAACAAGAAAAUUAGGUCAUAAUAAAAGAGUAGAGAAGAAUUAAUCAAAUUUUGUCUUAGAAAAGCAUUCCGAGAAAUCUUCCAUUAAAUCCAAGAAAAAAAUACAAAAUCAAAAUUGAAUCUGAAAGCUGCUUCCAAGCUCUUUUAGUAAUCUUACCAGGCAGAAAAACUAAAAUAGAUAUCCUUACCUUUUAGAAAAAAUAGCAAAAUUAAAACCAUGAAUAACCAUUUUUUGCAUGAAUUAUUCUAAUCUAAAUAAUUUUAAGAUUAGUACAAGACCUUUUUAGAUAAUCUUGAUACGAUCAUUGAGAAUGAUAGGAAUAAAAAAAUUAAAGCCUUAGCCGAAAAAUCUUGGGAAUUUAUCUCUUCAAACAGAAAAGCAUAUAGUGUUAAAAGAUUACCAUGGUCUAUUAAGAAUAUAGAAAAACUGAAAGAAACAGCUAACGAGUUGCUAAAUUACUGCAAGGAAUAAUAAAAAUAAUGAAUUUAAUAUAAGUAUUUCAAAAUUUAUAAAUUAUUAAUC